UUAGUCAUUUGACGACGUGUACCCGGUGUGUACAAGUAUUCAGGUGCCUUGUCGUUUCCGGUGCCAUCUUACUAUAAAACACCCGAAGAGCGCCUGAAAUUGUCCAACCAUGGGGGGUACCCAGAGUAUGGAGAUUCCGGGUGGCGGCUCGGAGGGGUAUCACGUCCUCCGGGUGCAGGAGAAUUCACCUGGACACCGGGCAGGACUGGAGCCAUUCUUCGACUUCAUCGUUUCCAUCAAUAAUACCAGGCUGAACAAGGACAAUGACACUCUGAAAGACUUGCUGAAGGCCAGUGUGGAGAAACCAGUCAAGAUGCUGGUCUACUCUUCAAAGACACUGGAGCUCCGGGAGUCUACGGUGACGCCCAGCAACCUGUGGGGCGGCCAGGGUUUACUCGGAGUCUCCAUUCGUUUCUGCAGCUUUGAGGGAGCCAACGAGAACGUUUGGCAUGUCCUGGAAGUGGAACCUAAUUCUCCCGCGGCUCUGGCCGGCCUGCGACCGCACACAGAUUACAUCAUUGGAGCUGACACUGUCAUGAACGAGUCAGAGGACUUGUUCUCCCUGAUAGAAAGCUACGAGGGGAAGGGACUCAAGCUCUACGUCUACAAUACGGACACAGACAAUUGCAGAGAAGUGGUCAUUACUCCCAACAGUUCCUGGGGCGGCGAGGGCAGUUUGGGUUGUGGGAUCGGAUACGGUUACCUGCACCGGAUCCCCACACGACCUUUUGAGGAGGGGAAGAAGAUCAGCUUUCCUGGAAACUCUCCCAGCAGCGAGCCAGUCAGUCCACUGAAGGACGGAUUCACUGAGGUUCAGUUGUCGGCGGUGAGUCCUCCUGCCACCGCUCCUCUGCUGCCCUCUGGUCUGGAAGAUUCCCUCUCCAGCCUGUCGAUCAACCAAGCCCCGCUCACCAUGCCCAGUGAGCUGCAGACAGGUUUGCCCACAGUUCCUCUGCUGCCCUCCUCCACCAGCCCCUCCCUCAGCCCCCUCAACCCUGCCGCCACCAGCUUCAACACUGCCGCCCCCAGGUUACCAGGUCUGAUGCCCCUCCCGGACAACUUGCCUAAUAUCAUGCCGUUGCCAGACCUCAGUGCCAUGACAUUACCAGGCACUACUCUACCACCAGCGAAUGCAGCAGGUGUCGCUGCACUGGCGUCUUCCCCUCCCCUGAAUCUUCCUUCUCUACCACCGCUGCACUUCCCGGGUUUGAAUCCUCUGAAGCCCCUUCCGCUCGAUCCACUCCUGCCCUUGGACAUGACCCAGUUCCUGUCCACCGCCACAGCGGCCACGACAGCGUCCGUCACAGCCACGCCGGUCCCCCAACCCAUCGCCGCCACAGAAAGUCCUGCUCCAGUGGAAACAACGCCGUCGUCCUAAUGAACCAGUACCAAGCCCACCAUCCUUGUACCAUCAAACCAAAAUGCAUAUGGUCGACUCCUCCUUCCACCUGUCUCUUUCUCCUCCCAUGAGUGAUCGGCGGUUGCACCUGUCUUGUGACGGCGGCUUUCGAUUCAAGUCUUUAUACCACAUUCUCAUCAUUGCUGCUUCGUCACGAAUGACAGCUUCACGGUGUGAACACAACAAACGCGUCAUGGCUGAAAACACACCUGUGUUUCCAGUCCUCGCCUCCUUCCUGUUUCAUAUUUAACUUUUUGUUUCACUGUUUGAUCCUCUGUACAGCUCCUUCUGUUUAUAGGAGACAGUCACCAUGGCAUCUUGAGUGUGAGAUGCAGGUGGCUCAUGUGCAACUCUUCUGACGUGGUUUAUCUAAGACAUCGACAGCGUGUACAGUGCGAGCAAUAAAGCCAAAUUAAUUUUAA